AUGGCAACAAAAAACACUUCUGAAAAUUUAAAUAAAGAUAAAGCAUCUCGUGCUAUAACUAGAACAGACUUUCAGCAAGCAUCUCCAUCGUCAGCACGUGAUCAGAAUCAGAUUACAUGUUUUUUUAAAGCGUGUGAUCGAGCAGGAAGUGAAAAAUUACUACGCAAUGCAUACACAUAUAGUAAUAAUAAAAAUGGCAUUUAUAUGCUUCGUCAAUCAGAUAGAGAUGAAAGUAAAUUUGUUUUAUCCCUCAUUAAAGAUGGACAAUGUUAUCAUUAUCGUGCACACCAUAUUGGAAAUGGAACAUUUCUUGAUGAAAUAACUGAUUCAGUAUUUUACUCGCUGGACGAAUUACUUGAAUAUUAUCAAGGAGAUGGCGCUCGUCAUUUACGUUGUUCAUUAUCCUCCCCUCUUCAUGGUCAUCAUUUACCUUCAUUUGCACAACGACGUGGCCCAAAAACUGUUCUUCACGAAGCCGCGACGCGAGGUCAACGAGAUGUUAUAAAAUUACUUCUUGCUGAUUCUAAUUGUCCUGAUAUUAAUUCGAAAAAUGAAGAGGGAAAUACACCGUUGCAUGAAGCAUGUUUUUUUGGACGAGAUGAUGCCGUUAAAGUAUUAUUGCAAGCUGGUGCUAAUUGGAGAUUUGUGAAUAAAUUUGGAUGGACAUCUUUACAUCAAGCCGCUUUGGGUAAUUGCCCAUCGAUUGUUGAUUUACUGAUUAAUCGUGCACAAGCAGAUGUCGAUGUACGAAAUCCAUUCAAUUUAUAUUCUCCAAUGCAUUGUGCUGCCGCGUGUAAUAAUGUUGAGACUAUAACAACUCUAAUAGCACAUGAUUCGCCAUUACGUCCAUUGACGGAUGAUGGAUAUACGCCCUACGACCUAGCCAUUAAACAAGGCGGAUCUGAGGUUGCUCAAAAAUUAGCGGAGAUUCCUUCAAAACCUGCUGUAUCUCGUCGUUCAAGUUAUUAUCAUGGUUCACUGUCAAAUAAUCAAAUGCGAGCCAUAUUAAAUUAUUUCAAAAACAAUGAUGGUUAUUUUUUCGUUCGACAAAGUUCAUCGGUUCAAGAUGAUUACGCAAUAUCAAUUAUUUGGCAAAAUAAUCUUGUACAUGUUAAACUUCAUAAAAAAAAUUUUAAUUCAUAUUAUUUCGAAGAUCGCCUUCACUAUCAUGAAAGUCUUGAACACGCUAUUGAUUAUUUUGUAAAAAUAUACAAAAGUGUUGUUAAACCAUUAAGUCUAGACGCUGCAAAACUAGCUUACGCAAGUGAAACAUCAUCUUCAGUAUCACAACGAUUAUUGACAUCGACUUCUAAAAUUUUUAAACCAUCUAAUCAAUCAUCACACGAGUCACCGAAUAUCAACACUUCAGCAACUAUCGCAGAAGCACAUCCAUUCUCUAAGAGUCGUCCGCAAAAUGUACAUAAUAAACAAAAAAUGGCUUUAACAAUUGAAAAAAGACUUGUUAAUCCGCUUGUCAACAAAAAGGUGGUUAUUAUUCGUGAAGAGCAAUUAACCAUUGGUAAAUUGCUAGGUGAAGGUAAUUUUGGUAAAGUUUACGCUGGAGAAUAUCAAGACGAGCAUGGUUCAGUUUAUCCUGUUGCUUUAAAAGUCUUGAAAGCAUCAAUGGAUUCAAGAUCGAAAGAAGAAAUGAAAAAAGAAGCAUUUGUUAUGAAAGAAUUAACUCAUCCGUGCAUUGUUCGUCUCUAUGGUGUAUCUCAAUCGAGAAAAUUGAACAGUACAUUAAUGGUUCAAGAGCUUUUGUCAAUGGGAUCACUGGUGGACUAUUUAAAAACACAUGUUAAAAAUCAAAUGCGACCAUUGUUCAGUUUGUGGGUAACACAAAUCGUUCACGGCAUGGCUUAUAUGGAGAAAAAACAUUUUAUUCAUCGAGAUCUUGCUGCAAGAAAUAUUCUAAUGCAAUCGAAUUCACGAAUUAAAAUAUCUGAUUUUGGUUUAUCACGUAGCGUUGACUCAAGUGACUAUUAUGUUCAACAGAGUGACACACCAAUACCAAUAGCAUGGUAUGCACCAGAAUCCCUCCUUCACGCUAAAUUUACAAGUAAAAGUGAUGUAUGGUCAUUUGGUGUAACAAUGUGGGAAAUCUAUACAUGUGGUCAAUUUCCGUAUGGAUCCAUGCCUAAUGAAGAGAUCUGUCAAUAUCUUAGUUGUAAUGGUCGUCUUCAACGUCCUAGUAGCUGCAGUAGCACCGUGUAUGAGAUAAUGCUUCGGUGCUGGGCAUUUAACGCACAUGAUCGUCCAUCAUUUGGAGAUUUACUUAAAGUUUUGGCCAAUCGGUCAGAAUUUGCUGCUGCUAUUCAACAUUUUCAAAAUUAUUCCAAAGAUUAA